UCGAAAUAUUCAAUUAUUCACGCUGAUUUGUGUUAUCGUCGACAGGAAGAAGAAGCCACGAGGAUGUGCGCCGCCCACGUCAUACAAUUUACCCACUGCUAUCGCGAAGACUGUCAGUUGAUUCCACGACUUUAUCGUGAACGAAUUCCGAACGACGAUGAAGCGUUUGUUAAUAAUUUAUUUUCUCUGCGCGCUCUUCCACGCGGCUUUAUUGGCCUCGCCAUGCGUGAGGAUCACGUACAUAUUAAGGAAGAAUGCUGGAUUUCGAUGCACUCAAUUAACGACAUUGCAACCACACUUGGACGAAGCGUGGACCAACACGAGCGUCAUUACGAUUUUCGAUUCGAACAUAUCUAACAUACCCGGGCACAGUUUCGCGAGAUUUGGAGCGACCCUCGAGACUUUAGACCUGCACGAAUCGGGCAUACGAACGUGCGACGCUGAAGCAUUCGUAGGCCUUACGAAUUUAAAAAAAUUGAUGCUCUGGGGUAAUAAACUGGAUUCCGUGCCAGGAAAUUGGUUCUUGCAUAUGUAUUCUCUACAGACUCUGGACUUGUCGUUCAACUUUAUCCAGUGGAUAGACUGUACGAUGUUUCUGACGCUCCCUAAGUUGGAGGUCUUUAAUUUCGAUUACAACCAACUCAGCUAUAUUGAAUUUGACAAGUUUGGUGUCCUGAGUAACCUGAAGAAAGUAAGAUUCAGCAAGAAUCCGUGGAGAUGGGCGUAUCGCGCUCGUUUGACAUGGCAAUUGGAGAACCAGAAGGUCGAGAUGCCGGACAUGUGGGAGGAUUGGAACUGGAUGAACACCGUGAUCAAGGACUGCGUCGAGAACGGACGCGGGGAGUUGCCAAGCGACAAGGUGCUCGAUUGCGCCGUGGAGAAGCUGAUCGAGUUUACGUACGAAACCUUCAGCGCGGAGGAGAGGAGCAAUGCGGUAGGAUGCAGCGAGCAGACCAAGCGAUUAGUACAUUGCAUGGGACCGAGCAAUGCCACUGGUGACACUGAUUACGAAACGGUACGAAAGAUCCUAGAGGAUUACUCAACGAUUUUACCGCCGAUGCAAAGAGCGCUCAGCCCUUUCCCGUUGAAACGAUAAACGUACGUCUUUGUCUUCUUCUAGAAUAAGGACUUCUUUUAGGAAAGAGGUAAAAUUUCAAAAUAUUUAUAUCAUAAAUUUAUUAUUGUAUACCUUAAUCAUGGGAACUCUUAAUAGAUACGUUUCUGAUUUUGUGUAAACUUAAAGCAAACGAAUAAAAAAAACGGGCGCUUACACAUUUUAAU